ACAUCACAGGGCAAUUAAUAACCUUUCUCUUUGAUUUCUGGCAUUGUAGUUCUUGUGCUUUCUCAAGUCACAUAUAAUACUCUACCACCACGAUGGCUGACCACCACCAGCACCACGACCAUCAUCACAACCACAAUAAAGAUGAGGAAAAACCUGUUGAUUAUAAGAAGGAAGAGAAGCACGACAAGCAUCGCGAGCACCUAGGUGAGCUUGGUGCUGUUGCUGCUGGAGCUUAUGCCUUGCAUGAAAAGCAUAAGGCAAAGAAAGAUCCAGAGCAUGCCCACAAGCACAAGAUAGAAGAGGAGAUUGCAGCAGCAGUUGCAGUAGGAGCCGGUGGGUAUGCGUUCCAUGAGCAUCAUAAGAAGAAAGAAGCAAAGAAAGAAGAAGAGAAGGCUCAUGGAAAGAAGCACCACCAUCUCUUUUAAGAGCCUAUAAAAUAUUUAUGUGUUUUGUUUUAUUCAGAAUAUUUGAAACAUGUAAAUCAUAUCGUCAGUAAGCGACUACCCCAAAUAAUAUUAUUAGGAAUGAGUAAUGAGUUUAUGAAUCUCUUCUAGAUGGGGUAUAUUCUCUUCAAAAUAGGUUUUAUCUAGUACUCUUGCUAUGUCAAAUGUUACGGUGUCAAUGUUUAGAAUAUAAUACUGCAUGUAAUCUGAGAACUUUUCCUUAUUUAUUUUUUUUUUAUUAUUAUAAAUAAAGGAUCUUUUUAUAUUUGAGUUU